AUGCAAAAAAGGGCACAAGAAUCCGGCUCACAUAGUUUAUGCAAAGCCGCCACGCCAAUCCACGCCAGCGUCCCCGGCGACCGCUACAUUCCCCCUACCGCCUUCCACCCCCAUGGCAGCAGGCAAAAGCGCUCGCACCGGCUCCCCGCGAAGGGAGUCUCAAAGAGAACACGCACCGGAGAUUGCCCCUCCUCCAACCGCUUCUCCAAAGAGGAAUCCGCUUCUCCCUUGUUUGGGAAACCGCCAGCUCCCCCAUCGGGUGACGCGCAGGGCGGGAGUCAGGUUCCAUUCCACGCCCCCACCGAGCCGAAGAAGCUACCACUAAGGAAUCCACGGCGCGAGAGAUUUCGCUUCUCGUCGGCGCGGGCAGAGGCGGAAAGGCAGCGAGAAAACAAAAUAAAAAAAGGCCCCGACACGCGGCGCCACCCAAAAAAUAGCCCGCUCGCCGCCGUCCAAGGCCGACAGCAAGCCGCAGGGACCAAAUACUGA